GCGCAGGCCCCGCGGUGACGUCACGGAGGCGCGACCGGGCCGGCGCUGGGGUAAGGAGCCCCUGCUCCCCUGCCCCCAUCCUCUUCCCACAGCCUGCUGAGGGAUGCCCAAGAAGUUCCAGGGUGAGAACACCAAGUCGGCAGCGGCCCGGGCACGGAGGGCAGAGGCCAAGGCGGCCGCUGAUGCCAAGAAGCAGAAGGAGCUGGAGGAUGCCUACUGGAAGGACGACGACAAACACGUCAUGAGGAAGGAGCAGCGCAAGGAGGAGAAGGAGAAGCGGCGUCUCGACCAGCUGGAACGUAAGAAGGAAACGCAGCGCCUGCUGGAGGAGGAGGACUCCAAGCUCAAGGGCGGCAAGGCGCCGCGGGUGGCCACGUCCAGCAAGGUCACCCGGGCCCAGAUCGAGGACACGCUGCGCCGAGACCAUCAGCUCAGGGAGGCCCCGGACACAGCCGAGAAAGCCAAGAGCCAUCUGGAGGUGCCGCUGGAGGAGAACGUGAACCGCCGCGUGCUGGAGGAGGGCAGCAUGGAGGCCCGCACCAUCGAGGACGCCAUCGCGGUGCUUAGCGUGGCGGAGGAGGCGGCCGACCGGCACCCAGAAAGACGCAUGCGGGCAGCCUUCACAGCCUUUGAGGAAGCCCAGCUGCCGCGGCUCAAACAAGAGAACCCCAACAUGCGGCUGUCGCAGCUGAAACAGCUGCUCAAGAAGGAGUGGCUCCGCUCUCCCGACAACCCCAUGAACCAGCGGGCUGUGCCCUUCAAUGCCCCCAAGUGAGCCCAGAACUGGGGGAGCCAGUUCACCCACGGGUGGUCCAGGUCACGACUCUGCACGCCCUUACGCCAGGUCAGCUUCAAGGGUCACAGAGCGUUCCGGGGGGGGGCCAAGGCGUCAGGCCCCGGGGCCAUGCUGUUAUCACCAGCCACCCGUCCUCCCGCCAGAGGAUCCCUGCCCCAAGUGACACCCCACCCCCUCCCAUCCCCCAGCGCGUGUGUGUAGAGCCUCAGAGCUGAGUGCCCAAUAAAGGUGGCGGCAAGGCUGCAGUGAGGCA